AGUGUAAUGGUAAAGUAUGUAAAUAAACAAUUUAUUCAAAUUGCAAUGAAAAGAAAUGAAUCUAUUUAAAGAAAUUUAUUAAAGUAUUAAAUUUAUAUAGGAAACAUUUGGAUAAACAAUGAAUUAUAAAGACAAAUGCCGUACUUGUUUGGGUAGUUCUACAGACAUGAGAUCCAUCAGUUCUUCAAUUUCCAUAGGAGGACGAGACGUUCAGUUUGCAGAAAUAUUGCUGAAUUUCUAUAGCUAUCAGGUAACAGAAGAUCCCCUACUUUCUGAAAACCUCUGCAUCAGCUGUGCUCACCAACUAACCAUCACAUAUUCUUUCAAAGUCCUAAUAGAAUCAAGCUAUAGGAAAUUAAUAGAAAACUAUAAUGAUUUAAACCAUACAAACGAUAAUUACGAAGCCGUAAGUGAAUCUCAUGAUGAAAAUAAAAAAAAAUAUAACAGAAAAAAGAAAAAAUUCAAAACAAAAGUGAAAGUUAAAGAGGAACUCGUAACAAUAUACUGUGCUGUGUGUAAACAGGAAUUUAAUUGUGUUAAAACAUUAAAUGAACAUUGUAAUAAUAGUCAUCCCACAAAAGGAGCUGGAAGGAGUUGCGAUUAUUGCAGUGAAAAAUUUGAAGACUUCAGAUCUCUGGUGCUACACAGAAAACUUCACUUGACACCGUUUUUGUGUGAAAACUGUUGGGAUGGCUUUCUCAAUGAGGAAGAACUAAGUAUGCAUACCUGCCAGCCGAACAGAGAUAAAAGUAAAACUAAAACGGAGAGAGUGUUACGUCAGUGUGACCAAUGCGGUAGGUCUUACCCCCCAAAUUACAUUAGAAUCCACAUGUUAACCCAUGGUGACGAAAGAUCGUACAGCUGCAAAUACUGCCCCAAGAAGUUCAAAGUUCCGGGAAGUCUCAAUUCACACGUAUUAUGGAAUCACAAAAGAACACGAAACUACAAAUGUGAAGUUUGCAAUGCAACAUUUAUUUCCUCGAGCUCUAAAAGUUCGCACAUACGUAAGAAUCAUUUAAAAGAAAAGAAAUACCGAUGUGAUACAUGCGGGAAAAGGUUUUUCUCCAAAUCUGAACUGCAGAGGCACUCUUUGACUCAUACUGGGGUUAAGAACUUUCAUUGUCACUUGUGCGAUAAAUCAUACCAAACUAGAUAUGGACUGAAUGUACAUUUGAAAUCACACACACAAGUAAAUAUGAGUAUUAUGACUUUAUAAGUAUUAUUGAUCAAUAAUAGUAGUAUUUAUUACAUAUAUUGUGUAAAAUACCCAAUUAAAUUGUAUUUUUAUUGUAUACUACGGAUUGCUAAGAUCAAUUCAUGUACCACUAUUUUUAUGAAAUUGUAAAUUGGUUUUAUAACAGGCUAUCUAUUAAUAUUUAGGAGUCUACUUGCCUGUCUUGGCCUAGUAAAACACCAACGCUAUACCAUGUACGUCGUAAACAGCACUGAAUUCAUCUCGAAUGAGAUGAGGUGCAUGGGGGCAUUAUUGUGGUGUUUAUGGGCUCCGGUAUCCACUUAACACUUGGUGGCCCGUAUUGUAAUUGAAUAUCAUGAUAUGUGACAUAAAACGAAAACCAAAUCAUACCCUCAAAAUCAUCUCAUAAAAAUAUCACACACAAAAUGACUUUUAUUUUACACUAAAACAUUGACUGAAAUCACUACAAAUACAUCGACUGCAAAUUUUGACCUAUUCCAUGAUCUAGGCCAGAAUCCGCAAACAAAACGAUUGAGACACGAGGUCUGACUCUUAUCUAGGUUGGUUUUCGCACCUUUUAGCUUAAGGGCCUUUGGUAUUCCCGUCGUGUCAACUGGGGAUGAUUAUGACUUGACAUUGCAAGGAGCUCCGGAAAAAUGCUCGGGGAGCAUCGCGUUCCUGCCAAAAAGUGCAGAUCCUAUGAUUGUACACUCAACACUGGCAACAAUGGCAUCGCAAGAAGCAAAUUUAUCAUCAUCAUCAUCUCAGCCUGUCCAUUG